AUGGUUGGAAACACUGGAGUUACGAAGAAUUUUACUAUAAGCCUCCAAGAAGUCUCUCAGAAGCUGCAAAGCAUCGACCCAGGCGGAAAAUGGAACCCACGCGACUGUCUGGCGAGAAAUAGCGUUACUUUAGUAGUGCCAUUCAGGGAUAGAUGGGGCCAUCUGGCGGUGUUUUUAAAUUUCAUGCAUCCUUUUUUACAGAGGCAACUUUUACACUACAGGAUAUUAGUUGUUGAGCAGAUUGGAAUCGGGGUGUACAACAAAGCGAUGUUAAUGAACGCAGCCUUUCUAGAAAUAAGACAGCAAUUCCCCACGGAUUGUGUUAUAUUCCACGACGUAGAUCUCAUUCCAGAACUUAACAAUAAUUCCUACGCAUGCGCCAGAGAGCCAAGACACUUGGCACCAGCUGUGGACGUAUUGGAUUACAAUCUUCCUUACGGUCCCCUUGUGGGCGGUGUACUGAUGUUCACUCCCCAGGAUUUCCAGGCUGUCAAUGGCUAUUCCAACGCUUACUGGGGCUGGGGAGCAGAGGAUGAUGAUAUGGGUUAUAGAAUAAAAAAGGCCGGUUUAAGGAUUACGCGCCCAUCCCUCAAUACUGGCCGUUAUACUAUGUUAGUGCAUACACAGCGCCGGAAAAACGAAAGAAGAGUUGAAAUUCUCCAUAAAGGCAUGGAGCGACAGCCCUGGGACGGUUUGAGUAACGUUAACUACUCAGUGCUUGACAUCAGAUUAAAGCCCCUGUUCACGCACAUGUUGAUAGACAUAGGGAAAACGCCUGACACGUACUGAUACCAAGCAAGCGUUCAUCUAGGGAUGCAACAAUACAUAUACGCGUAUAUAUUGCUUAACUACAAAAAGAGCGACAGACAGAGGUCUUGUACCAGGGAAUGGUAAUCUGCUAGAUACCAUAGUCUGCUUCCCAUGGCUAUUUGUUCCGGUGACAUUCGUCUCAUAUACUAACCCCAAUACUCCGACUUACCUUAACCUGUUCUAAUUAUAUGGGACCCCGGACUGCAUUCCUAGGACUACCAUUCCUGUUACAUCUGUCUUAAAGCCAGCGGUGCUUUAUUAAUUUGGUAUAUUUAUUGCUUCAAUGAGCAAUUAAAAAAAUGAUGUGAAUAAUAGCUUUUUUUACGGCGUAGACACAGAGACAUUUGU